AUGCCUGGCCCGCCACCAAAUCUGAGCAGGACUGCCCGCUUCAUCUACCAGGCCCUGGCCCACUUGCCCUUCUCCAUUGAAAGCAUCAUUGGGUGCAGCCUCAGCCCUGCCGCCAGCAGCUGCACCACUCUGUCUGCCAUCCUGCCCAUCCUGGCCCACUUGCUCCUGGCCUCAGUGCCAGCAUUGGCAUCAGCAGCCUCUGCCUCUUCUGCUGCUGCCUCUCUGGGGACUCUGCACCAAGAGACACUCCUGGCCACUGCUGAGAACUUUAUGGCUCCGAUUUCCUGA